AUGUUUUUUUUGAGAAGAAGAACGUUAAUACUAAAAGCAGUGCUGAUUCUGACAGCAUUGUGGUUUAUGGUGGCUUUGCUAACUACAAAUUCAAAUGCAAGGAAUGCCAUCGGAGCUCCACCGAUGGAAUACGAAGAUCCCGAGGCGAAACCGCUAAAAAUGGCCAAACCAUCGUCCACUAAAAAGAAAAGUGAAUCCUACGGCAACAACUUAUCUGAUGCACCAACGCGAGUCGACUGGAUGGGUCGGAUCGCUGGGAAAGAAGGGCUCGGCGUAAUUGCUGCCCCCGGUUCAGACAACGCACCCGGCGAACUGGGAAAACCGGUUGUGCUACCAACGAAUAUGAGCGAGGAUGCAAAAUUGGCGGUUUCUGAGGGAUGGAAAAAGAACGCUUUCAAUCAGUACGUGAGCGACUUGAUAUCGAUUAGGCGGAAACUACCCGACCCGAGGGACGAGUGGUGUAAACAACCUGGACGCUAUCUAGAAGAUCUCCCACAGACGUCGGUAGUAAUAUGUUUCCACAAUGAAGCCUGGUCAGUGUUACUUCGGACUGUACAUUCGGUCAUUGACAGAUCACCGCCUCAUUUGAUAAAGGAGAUUAUUCUUGUUGAUGACUUCUCUGAUAUGCCGCAUUUGAUGCAACAACUCGACGAUUAUAUGUCGUCCCUGCCGAAAGUAAGGAUAGUGCGCGCCACUCGACGCGAGGGCCUCAUUAGAGCGAGAUUGCUCGGAGCUCGAUACGUCACGGCACCUGUUCUAACGUAUCUAGACAGCCAUUGCGAGUGUACCGAAGGUUGGCUUGAACCCUUAUUGGAUAGGAUUGCCCGUAAUAAAACGACAGUUGUAUGCCCUGUCAUCGACGUUAUAGAUGAUAAUACAUUAGAAUAUCACUAUAGGGAUUCAUCAUCAGUUAAUGUGGGUGGUUUCGAUUGGAACCUUCAAUUCAACUGGCAUCCCGUUCCUGCUAAGGAAAGGGCCAGACAUAAACACACAGCAGAACCCGUCUGGUCUCCGACUAUGGCUGGCGGCUUAUUCGCAAUUGAUAAGGAAUUCUUCGAAAGACUUGGAACGUAUGACAGCGGUUUUGAUAUAUGGGGCGGGGAAAAUUUAGAAUUGUCUUUCAAAACUUGGAUGUGUGGUGGUACGCUUGAAAUCGUUCCCUGCUCACACGUUGGUCAUAUAUUUAGAAAGAGAUCACCAUACAAAUGGAGAACUGGUGUUAAUGUUCUGAAGAAGAAUUCAGUAAGGUUGGCUGAGGUGUGGUUAGACGAUUACGCCAAAUACUAUUAUCAACGCGUAGGUAACGAUAAAGGUGACUACGGUGAUAUAAGCAGCCGUAGAAACUUAAGGCAAAAACUGGGAUGUAAAUCAUUCGAAUGGUACUUGAAGAAUAUUUACCCCGAAUUGUUUAUUCCGGGUGAAUCUGUUGCUCACGGCGAGAUUCGAAAUAUCGCCUUCGAAAAAACAUGUCUGGAUUCACCGACACGAAAAUCUGAUCAUCAUAAACCAGUCGGACUUUAUCCGUGUCACCGUCAAGGAGGAAAUCAGUACUGGAUGUAUUCGAAGAAUGGUGAAAUUCGUCGUGACGAAACUUGUCUCGACUAUUCAGGUCACGACGUCGUUCUUUACCCUUGUCACGGUGCAAAGGGUAAUCAAUUAUGGUUGUAUGACCCCAAUACGAAGCUACUAAAACACGGCUCAAGCGAAAAAUGUAUGGCGAUAUCAAGAAAUAAAGAUAAGAUAAUAAUGGAAACUUGCAAUGAAUCGGAGACCAGGCAAAUGUGGAACAUGGAGAACUUCAAUGCUGAUAGAUUAAGUCCUGAACUAACGGCCGAG